AUGGACACUGUCCCCGUGGCACAGCCCUGUUCCCGGUGUCCCCGGGAGGUGCCAGCUCACUCCCUGCCCUCUCCGUGCCCUCUCCAUCCCGCAGUUCCCCCCGGGAAGCCGCUGGCCCACGUUCCCAGCUCAGCCACGGUGGGUUCCCGGGCCGUUCUGCGCUGCUCCGAGGCCCAGGGCUCCCCCCCCCCAACCUUCCGCUGGUACAAGGACGGCUCCGAACUGCCCCAGGACCCCAAAUCCAGCCCCACCUUCCGAAACUCCUCCUACAGCCUCGACCCCCGCUCGGGGGAGCUGAUCUUCGAGCCCGUGGGGGGCUGGGACACGGGGGAUUAUCACUGCGAGGCCUCCAACAACGUGGGAUCCCCCCAGAAAUCCGACGUUUUCCGCAUGGAAGCGAGCGAGGUGAACGUGGGUGGGAUCGUGGCCGCCGUGGUGCUGCUCCUGCUGGUCCUGGGACUCGCUGCCUUCGGGGUCUGGUUCGCCCACAGCCGCGGCUACUUCAGCAAAAAAACAGAUUCCGGUGGGAAGAAGGUGAUUUACAGCCAACCCUCCAG